UUCUAAUUCCAUCAAACCACCAUAUAUAGCUUCGUCUUCAAUUCAAAGUUCGAACCAUUUGGUUUCUUAAUUUCCCAGUUCCAAUCUCUCCCUUCCCUUAAAAUUCCUCUCAACAUGCCGGUGGCUGAUGCAAUGGUAGAAACCACUGGCUUGAAGGGAUCAACGGAAGAACAAAUAUUAAUAAGCAAGGGCUUGCCAAAGAGGGCUUAUGUUACCUUCUUGGCUGGCAAUGGCGAUUAUGUCAAAGGAGUGGCAGGUUUGGCCAAGGGUUUGAGGAAGGCAAACUCCGCAUACCCUCUUGUGGUGGCCAUCUUGCCCGACGUCCCCGACGAGCAUCGCGAUAUCCUCCGGUCGCAAGGCUGCAUCGUCCGGGAGAUCGAGCCGGUUCACCCGCCGGAGAACCAGACUCAGUUUGCCAUGGCUUAUUAUGUCAUCAACUAUUCGAAACUUCGCAUUUGGGAGUUCGUGGAGUACGACAAGAUGAUAUACUUAGAUGGAGACAUACAAGUCUUUGGCAACAUCGAUCACCUCUUCGACUAUCCCGACGGGUACUUUUACGCCGUUAUGGAUUGCUUCUGCGAGAACACUUGGAGCGAUACACCUCAGUUCAAGAUAGGUUACUGCCAGCAAUGCCCGGAAAAGGUGCAGUGGCCGGCGGAGAUGGGUGCCCCGCCGCCGCUCUACUUCAACGCCGGCAUGUUCGUCUUCGAGCCCAAACUUUCAACCUACAAUGACCUCUUGGAAACCCUCAAACUCACCUCUCCUACUUCAUUUGCAGAGCAGGACUUCUUGAACAAGUACUUUAGGGAUGUCUAUCGCCCUAUUCCUUCCAUUUACAAUUUUGUUUUGGCAAUGUCAUGGCGACACCCAGAGAACAUAGACCUUGACAAAGCGAAGGUCGUUCACUACUGUGCUGCGGGAUCUAAGCCAUGGAGGUACACCGGAAAGGAAGAGAAUAUGGAGAGAGAAGACAUAAAAAUGCUAGUGGAGAAAUGGUGGGAGGUAUACUCGGAUGAGCUGCUGGAUUACAAGAAUUACAAGCUGACGAUCUCAAAAAAUAAUAAUAAUGAGGCUGAACCCUUCAUUCUGCCGCUGCCGGAGGGUACUGCCGUUGCAAGCUACAUUUCUGCCCCAUCUGCGGCCUAAUUAAUUUUAAGAAAUUAAAGAGAGGGAUAUAUAUAUAAUGAAUGUUUAAUAUAUAUGUUUGAAAUUAAUUACUUGUAUGCUAUAGGUAUAUAUAUAUAUAUAUAGCUGCAUGCCUUGCUACUUAUUAUAAGACUGCGUUGUAUGAUUUACUACUGUUUAUCAGCUUCGUUAAAAUAAAUGAAAAUUUAGCAAGUUGGUGGUUAA